AUGUCUCGUAACCGCUGGACUGAAACUACUUACUACGCAGAUCAUGUUAGUUAUUUUUUUCUUAUUUAAUUUUUUUCACGUAAUUAUUUAUUGAAAUUCCAACAUCUUUUUUUGUUAUUUUUUUGAAGAUAAUUACCUGUUCUGUUUUUUUGUUUUGUUUUUUUGAAAUAAUCCCCAAAAAAAUAACGAAGAAAAAAACGGGAGGCUCUCACAUAAUUUGUGGUCUUUUUUCGUCAAUUUUUUUUUCGGAAUUGGAUAACUUGGUUUUUUUUCAGCUGUUUUUCACGGAGAAAUGUGGCCUUUGACUAUAAUAAAUUUCAAAAUGUUUCCAUCAGUUAUCAUCAGAAAAAAAAUUGCUUUGUGGUCUAUGAGUUUCAAACCUAUUUUUUUCUUUUUUUACAUAUUUUUUUCUUCUUUUUGCUCCGAGUGUCUUUUUCUCUAAAUCAUUUUCCCCUCCGUAAAACUAAAAAUUUUCACUCUUUUUUUCAAAUGUCUUAUUUUCAGGAUCAAAUUGCAAGCAUGAUGGAAGUAUGUAUGAAUAACAACGACGCGAGCGCUUCGUCCAAGUAUCGCUGGACUGAAGUUCCGGUCCAGUCGACGGCGAAUGCUGUCCCCAACUCGCGUCCCAAACGCGAUUUCCGUUUUCAAGUGAGUUCAUUUUCUUCCCAAAAUAUCACUUUUCGACCUUUUUGUUUUUUUCGGCGGCUCACAUUAUGCACGCCAGGUAACUCGUGACUCGUGCCUACGUUGUUUGAUCUUUUUUCUAUUUUUUGAUGAAAGAGUGUAUUUUAUAGGUUAUCGAGGUUCCCAACGGACCAAAAUGGUUCGUCUGGCCUAGCCGUAAUCGCGGAUCUGCUGAGGACGUUGACGAGAAUCACAAUCAAGAGGCGAAGACGCUUGCCGAGCAGAAUACGUACAGCCAGUCGUCCCUCUUCGUGCCGUCGCCUUCUACGGCCACGCAGAAUGGCUACGGGGCCAUCCGCCGCAGUGUGAUUCGCCAAUCGAAAAGGAAACAAGACCAAGAAGGUGAAUAUUUCGCAUUUUUCCUGGUAAAUGUGUCACGAUCCCGUUUGCCAAGUUUUUUCGUUUGCGGCAUGCGGUUGUCGUUUGUUUUGAAUUUUGUUCUGAUUAUUCAUGCGUUCCUGUGUAUUUCUGGUUUUCGGAUGACGUUCUUGAGCUUCUGAUCUUCUUAUAAUUCCCUCGUACACUGAAGUUAGACGAAACAGGGACAAUUUUUUUUUCAAUUUCGACUUGCGUGCGAAAGUCUUCAUUUCCAAAAAGAAUUUCUAUAACUCAUGCUACAUGUUAUGAAGAGAAAAAAUAUUUUAAAAAAUCGUUCAUCAUUUCCAAAACGCUUUACAUUUUCUUGUUUGAAACACGCACCAGUUUCUUUUUUCAAUCAGUUACCGUCUCAUUCUCAAUUCGAAUAUUCCAUUUCAAAAGUUGAUUUUCAGUUCCGUGUCGCACAGCAUCGGAGCCAGCCAACCGGCGGCUUUCGCUCAAAAAGGAAAAGGCGGUGACGGAGCCGAUCGCGACGCUCUCCAACACCUUCAAGAUCAUCUCCAUCGACAAAAAAUGGGAGAGUUUCGACGCAACUGACGACGAAGACGAAAGUUGCGCAACCGCCGGCGAACUCUCUGACAACACCGAGCGUCGUUGGACCACGUCUAUUUAAGCCUUCAUUCUCUCUUUCUACUUUGCGUGUAUGUUUUAUAAAGCUUCCUUCACAACUUUCCCGCCACUUCUUUCUCUUUCCUAUUGUUCUCUUUUUCUCCAUCCUACGGUUCGAUAUUAUGCGAGUGUAGUUGUGUACACGUAGAGAAAGUUUUAUUAUUUUAUCAUCCUUUCUGUAAAAUUUAUUCAUGGUUAGAUUGUGUCAAUGUACUACUUUGCCUUUAUUUUUUGUUUUAUUUUUUUCCUCUCCAAGAUUUGUAAAUUUAUAAUUUUCGCUUUUCCCACUUGCGGGUGCUUAUGUUGUAUAAUAUUUCACGUGUUACACGAACUAUAGAUUGUUUAGUUGACAUCUGUUCGCUUUUUUCAAUCUUUUCGAAACUGGUAUCCAGGUUUUUUUUUCCUUUCAAAUAAUUUUUCCUGAGCAUGACUGUUUUUGUAAAUGUUUGCUUUCUUGAAAUAAAUGAUAUGAAAUUUAAUCUUUUUUCCCGACUGUGAAAAUCAAUGCUAAAGUUAUGUGAGAAAUAUUUGUUUAUUCGAAAGUCGGUUUAGAGUUUAUAUAAUUUGUGACGCAAGCAUGUGUUGGAGGACAGUUUGCGGAUAAAUCGUGUGAUUCGCCAGCAAUUUUAUUUGAACAAAGGUUUUCUUUGGCCGAUUUUUGAGUUUUUAUAACGAAAAGUGUAAAUACAAAUCCUUCGGAUUGUGGAAUGGAAUGCGGCCAGCCGAUAUCUCACAUUUCCCGGAGUUUUUCAAAUUUUGGUGGCUGGUUUUUGGACCAAGCUUUUUCGAAGAGAUUCUCAGAUAUCAACAAAUACUUUUUAAUUCAGAGAGCAAAAUCCCUCAAAAGAUUAUUUAAUAUCGAAGUUAGUCGUUUUUUUGGAGCUUCUGAAUGGAAAGCGUUGUUUUUCAAUAUUUGAGUUAUAUUAUUCUUUCAAAAAGUUCUGGAUGAACUUCAGCUUGAAUUUUCUUUAUAUAAUAAGAAUUCUCGACUUGAAAUACCGAAGAUAUUUCCGAUAUUUACCAAAUAGCUUUAAUCAUCACUGGUCGAGCGCGAGUCGAGACGUAGUUUGUAUUUCAAUUGACUGAGUAUGAGUGCGAAAAUACAAAAUAUUAUAGUCUCCUCAUGACGAUCUUACUUUCAUGGUUUUCUAUUCAAAAAUCAGGACGUAAAAACUCUCGUUAUUUUUUUUCUGAAGGCUAUUUUAAAUUUUCGAAAAGCUGAAAGAAAGUUUUCUGCAUGGAAAAAGCCACUCAGAACUCAGCGACAAAGGCUGGACACUUGAUGAAUGAACUUUAAAAGCUUGGGCCCAAAUCCAAUAAAUCAAACCAUCACUGGCCGAGUGCCAAACAACUCUUCUCUGAUAUUUUGGUAUUUCGAGCACAGUCGAGAAAAAAAAGGGCACAAAUCGGCCCAAACAGUAAACACUCAGCCGAAACAGUCCAGAAAAAGGGCGUUGAUGACUAAAAAUACUCGGCGGCAACCGAGGCAAACAACCAGUGAACGCUUCCUUUUUGUUACAGACAAUGUAUCGAAGAAGAAGAGCAGAGGUGGACGAGUGAUGUCGUCCCCCCGAGGGAAAGUCACGCGACGGCUCUGCGACGCGACCGUCGCUGUUUACUCGCAGGCGUCGGCGAGUCGGUCGCCUCGGCGGCGCCACCGGCUCUUAAACCUCUGAGGUAUUUUUGAGCCGUUUGGAAAGAUCGGAUCGGUUUCGUCGAAGGCUUAACCGUCUUCCUUUUUGUAUCGGCUAG